CAGGAGAGGGGUGGAAAGGACUUGAACUUGGUGAGGCGAGGAUAAGCCCGGGCAGCUUGGGUUCACGCCGGCACCUGGUCUCCGACUGCACAGCCGCGGCGCUCCUGCCCGCCAGGCGACUGCGAGUGCUCAGCUGGGCGCGGCCUGAUUCCGGCGCGUAUCUGAGAUCGCUCCUUGAGGAGGUGGGAAUAGCUCCUACCGAGGGCGUGCGUUGGCUGGAGCCAGCUUUAGGUUCACCAUUGUGUUGCUGUUGUCAAAACGGAAACCCUCCAGUGCUUUGAUGAAUGAAUGUGACUGCUCCCAAAUUCUGUGCUCUGAUGUAGCAAGUUCAUUACACAGGGCUUGAACACACUAAAGGACUUGGCCGCAAAACGUGUACCUUAAGGGAUUAUGUUUUAAUAAUUGCAAGCUGAAUUGUCCCUGAUCCUCCCCAGAGAUUAAAUGCCACUGCAGAUGUUACUGCAUGAAAAAAAAGGUGAAAAUAUCUGGAGUUCCAUCCACCCACAUGCGCUGAGUCAGCUCCGUAAGGAUAUUUCCUAGAAGCACCACCCAGUGACUUCUGUUUACGCUUCACUGGCCAGCCCUAAUUGCAAGGGAGGCUGGGAAAUAUAGUCUUUACCUGGGCACGCUGACAGCUUCAAUAAAUUCAGUGUCUGUUCCUACGGAGACAGAGAGAGGAUACUGGGUAGCCAAAGAGAUUGUUGGGGACUUGGAGAAAAGUGACCACCACUGAAAAACUGGUGAACCCACCAAAUCAGGAAGAAUCCAUCCUACUACAACAUGGCAGGUAAGAAAGUGCUCAUCGUCUACGCACACCAAGAACCCAAGUCCUUCAAUGGAACCUUGAAGAACGUGGCGGUGGAGGAGCUGACCAAGCAGGGCUGCACAGUCACUGUGUCUGAUUUAUAUGCAAUGGACUUUGAGCCAAGGGCCACAAGGAAAGACAUCUCUGGUGCUCUCUCUAAUCCCAAGCUCUUCAAUUAUGGGAUGGAAGCCUGUGAAGCCUACAAGAAGAGGUCUCUGGCCAGCGACAUUACUGAGGAGCAGAAAAAGGUUCAGGAAGCUGAUCUAGUGAUAUUUCAGUUCCCGCUGUACUGGUUCAGUGUCCCUGCAGUGCUGAAGGGCUGGAUGGACAGGGUGCUCUGCCAAGGCUUCGCCUUCGACAUCCCGGGGUUCUAUGAGUCCGGUUUUCUCAAGGAUAAAUUAGCCCUCCUUUCAUUAACCACAGGAGGCACGGCUGAGAUGUACUCGAAGACAGGAGUCAGUGGGGAUUUUCGAUACUUCCUGUGGCCACUCCAGCAUGGUACACUGCACUUCUGUGGAUUUAAAAUCCUUGCUGCUCAGAUCAGUUUUGCUCCUGAAAUUGCAUCAGAAGAAGAAAGAAAGGAGAUGGUGGCUGCGUGGGCCCAGAGGCUGAAGGACAUCUGGAAGGAAGAGCCCAUUUCGUGCAUGCCUCCCUGGUACUUCGGGCAAUAACUGUGUACCGAGUGCACAUCAUGCGAGCAAAACGCUAAGGGACCCAGCACAUGCAAGGAGAAAAUGCUGUCAUGAAAUAAAUUACAAUAAAGCAAACUGGGAACAUUUAAUGCAAA